CCCAAGGAUGUGUCGUUUGUAUUGGCUCAUGUAAGCGGCCCAGGAUAUGAUAAUUCUUUGGGGUCUCGCCAACGGUCCCUCGUCUGUAUCAGAUGCAUAAUAUCAAAGCCAAAUCUCGUUAGAAGAAGAAUGUUUUAACGCGUAUUACCCUCGAUGCCCAACAACAACCCUUUUCAUGAUAGUAUUGUCCGCGAUCUAAUGCUACGCAUUAUGCAUACAAGCAUGUCCAACUCAUAGCAAUUAUAGCUCCAUGUAAAAACCGUUCUGUCCAGAUCUUCAACCACUGUUAAGACGGGAUAAAAUUGGGGAAUAAAAAUGGCCCAAGCAGGAUCAGACAGAUUUGAGGCGGCAAGUGCACGAGUCGGUCCGUUCCGCUUUAGUUCCAAGAUACCGCCGAGAAUUGGGGGCUACACAGAGCGUCCUGAUGUUCCUGUGCGAUCAACCGACUAUGACUACGAUGUCAUUCCCCGGGCUAUUUACAAUGAUCCCAUUCAAGAACUCUUGCUGCGAGAGGAGGGCGCGUCCGGCAAAAGGAGGAAGGCGAACGAUCUGGCUGCUAAGCGAUUGAGAAAAGCAGGGUUGGGCAAGUUGGAUGCAGGUGUUGGAGGUCAGAUGGGAGACGCGGCAGUCGCAGCAAAAGAACUUGAUCAAUUACACAAUUCAACUAGGACACUCUCAGAGUCUCAAAGUGAUCUUCAACCCGAUGGGCGAAUGAUCAUCCUAACUGAUUGGGGAAUCGACAUCAUCAACCCACAAUAUACGCCGCCAAUUCCACCUCUUCCCAAACCCCGCAUCGCAUGUCCCAUUGAUCGCCCGGUGUACACUGCUAGUAAGCACAAGUCUCUACCUCCAAGUUUCCCGCGUACAGUACGAUACGGAACAUGGCGAAAUGCUUGUGGCGUGUUCCCACCGGUGGUUGUGCGGACGGCUGGAAGAAGUGCUGAAGAGUGGAGGAAGAGGGAGAGAGAGCUGGUGGACGGAUUUGUGUUGAGGUAUGUCAAGAGGGUGACAAAACGAAGAAAAAUCAAAGCUGUCAACAGCGUACUGGCAAUCCCAGCUCGUGUAAAAGAAGAGAAUGUGGAUGUGGCGGUGAAGAUGAAAGUAGUGGACGAAGACACGAAUAUACCUAGAGAGGAGCCGGAAGGCCAGCAUCCUUCUCCAAUGAAAGAAAUGGAGCACAUGCAGCCGGAACCCGUUCUCGUAGAGAAAGAGCCAGAACGGGAACCAGAACAGGAAUCUCAACCUAUGGAAGAUAGCUCACCAUCUCUUCCGACCAUCCACCAUGCAGAGGACGACUCUGAGGCGGAAAGCACCUGGCUCGAGCAAGAGAAGCAAAGGCUCUACGCUGCUUGGGGCCGUGAGGAAUCGGGGCUUAUCGAACAUGACUUACAAAAAGUGGAAGAAGAAGUGCAAAUGGUUCGGGACGGCAAGGAGAGUAUCAUAUUGGAUCCAGUUCCGUCACCGGUGACAGCAAAAGAGUUGGCGAAAAGCCCCCAGGUUGUGGCAGUCGCUUCUCCUGUUCGAUUGAAACCAUCGCGUGAAGAGACAGUGGAGCCUGGCAGGAAGGUGGAAGUCGUCCCUGGCGAUCGCAUUACCACACCGUUGAAGAGAGAAUUCUCGGAACCGCGGGGGCGUCGUACGUCAUCACUGUCUGCGGAAAAGGAUAAACAAAUGACAUCCUCGCCCGUAGAACCUGCUGUGAUCAUACCGACAGCGUCGUCAAGUACAGCUGAGAAUGCUCCUAGCCCAAGGGAACCUUCACCGGCUUCCGGCCUACCCCUGACGACAACCGAAACUCCUUUCACCAGCUCAACUACCAACCUCCCUUCCGAACUCUCAAUUAGCGUUUCGUCUGAAAGCCACAAUGACCUCACACCACGUCCGAGGCUGCCGUCACCAACUGGCAGCAUGGUUUCUAUCGCAGCCUCAACCAUGUCCCGCAAGUCCAAGUUUUCACCGACUAAAUCUGUCGCAUCUUUAUUCAAAAAGAGUAUGGAGUCACUUAGUCACAAAGAAUCUGAUGAAGACAAGGCUGAACGCAAAGAACGGAAACGAAUGGAAAAGGAAGAAAAAGAGCGGGAAAAGGAAGCAAAAAAGCGUGAAAAGGCAUUGGAAAAGCAGAAACAUAAGGCAGAGAAGAAGGGAAAGAAUCAAGAGAAAUUGGGAUUCUUUGAAGAAUUACAGAUGGCAAAGACGAUGAAGGAGGAGGCUCUUAACGCUUCGGCUAGGCACAGCCUGGUGAUGGAGCAGCAACCAAAUGCCACAGACAUCACCGCUCGUUCACAGACGGAGGAACUGACUUCUCCCGCAGAGCAUCGGGCGCUAGCAAGCAAAACAGCAGAGUCAGUUGAAACAGGCGCGUUACCCAUUGAGCCGAAAACUCAAGGAGAGGAGGUGGAUAAGCUUUCCAGUGAAGCGCCAACCGAGAGCAUCCAGCACGAUUUGGCCGAAGAAGAACGUAGAGACCGUGAACGCGAUGAAGAACGCAAACGUCGAAAAGAGGAACGGCAGCGAAUCCAACAAGAAGAACUUGCCGCUGCUGCUGCGUUGGAACAACAGAAAAUGGCGGAACGUCGGGAAAAGGAGCAACGGGAAGAGGAAGUAAGAAAGCAGGAGGCAGAGCAAACAAAAGAACGUUUGGAACAACAACGAAUCAAAAAAGAGCAAGAAGAGCAGGAACGAUUAGAAAAACAGAAGGCAGAAGAGAACCGUUUGGAGGCCGAACGAAAAGAGAACGAAGCUCGCGAGAUGCAGCGUCGUGAGAUGGAAAGGAUAGAGAAAGAACGUGCGCAGACCGAACUCCGUGAGAAGGAGCGUGCGGAAAAAGAGCGUCUCGACCAGGAACGCCGUGAACAGGAGCUUAAAGACACAGAGGAACGUCAACGGCGUCUUCUCGUCGAGCAAGAAGAGGCUGAGCGACGGGACCGUGAACGUGACGAGGAACGGCGUAGACGCAGAGAAGAACGUGAACGAGAACGCCUUGAGAAGGAAAAGCUUGAAAACAAGAGAGAAGAGGAAAAGAAACAGAAUGAAUCACAAUCAACUCACGAUCAUGACACAAAGGCAGAAAGUGUCAUCAAGCAAGAUUCUCGUCCAGCCGAACCAGCCGUCAAACACAACCUGCCAGCGAAUGCUUCCAAGUUUCUCAAUGCGAUGGACAUGCAGACGAUGCAAGGGACCGCAACCAAACCAGUCUCAGCGCCAACCGAACCCGCUGCUCCUCCAAAAGAAGCAGAAGAGCCUGCUCAUCCUGCUGUGGAAGAUAUGGCGGCAUCACAAGCGUCACUGCCGCCAUCCAAUAAUCGGAAAAGUGUUGCGUCCUUGGCUUCCAUUUUUGGCGCAACAAAGAGCAAGACUGGGGCCGCUAGCGCAAAUGUCUCAAGAAUGUCGCUCGCAUUCGGUGGUGGUGAGAGUACUCCAAAGUCACCACCACAGCUUGUGGAAACAGUAGUGUGGAAGAACAUUAAACUGGAUGUAAAAGUCCAAGACUUUGAGCUUCACUGUUGCGAAAAUGGCAAAGCCAAACCCUACAAGCACUUUUUUCCACUUGAACUUCGUCGGAUAAUAUCUGCUACGGCCCAUGGGGCCGAUGUCACCCUCCAAGCCUGUACCAUCCGAAAAGGCGGUCGGACUGGAUCAAAGUUUAAAAAGAUGGUCUUCCAUUUUGGGGACGUAGGCAAGGCUUUGGCAUGGAGUGAGGGCAUCAUGGCCCUGGUAUACGGAGGGUCAGCACCCGAAACUGCAUCCAAAGGGAUUUUGGUCCUCAUUGACAAGUUUGACAGUAAAGAGGCCACCAAGUUGGUUGAAAAAUACAUGAAACCGAUUUGGGACACAAUCUCCAAGCCAUGCGACAUUAAAACUGUUCAAUUCAACGAGUUCAGUAUCAGUAACGUCCUGAGUUCGCAGGACUUUACAAAGCUGGGCAACAUCAUUUGCGUCAAUAAUACGGAGUUUACUGGUCGGUUGCAACAAGUCCUGGUAAGAAAUCAGCUUGCUCAAAAUCCAGCGAGUCUGCCGUGUGAGCCAGAUCCAGUGGAUGCCGCCUUGGCUAUUGUCAGAUCAACUAUCGGUCAGAAGCAACAUGUUUUACACGUUACUGGUGUUGUAUUGAAGCGAGAAGAGGGCAAGAUCGCUGGCAUGUUCAAGGCUUUCAAGUAGUAGAUGGCAAACAAAAAGAUUUUCUUCCACAAUAGAAUUGUAUCAUCCACCAGAAUGCAAUGAUAGAAACGUA